AUGGCAGAUCAGGGUCCUCUUAAUGUUGUUCCUUUAGCGGUCAUUCUUCCGGACCCAAAUUUAGACGUUGUUCCUUUAGCAGUCAUUCUUCCGGGUCAAAACAUCCUUCCUCCAAAUAAUGUUCUUCCUCCGGAUUUCGAUCAUAUCACCAACGUAUGUUGCAUCGGUGCCACCCAAUCCAGCGUUAUGCACAUGGCAGUAAUAGCAGAGCGAUACCCAAGACUUAACGUCGUUGUGGCAGAUUUCAAUCAACAACUAAUCGAAGACUGGAAUGAGGGGAACAUAGAUUUUGAAGAGGAAGGUAUGUUCGAGUUGUUAGAAAAUCUUGCCGUUGCUAAUCUACAGUUUGUCGAUGAUGUGAACGAAGCAAUCGUAGAUGCCCAGAUGAUUUUUAUUGGAGUUGAAAUACCUAUCAAGGUAAUUGGCUGUCGUGAAGGAUUUGACCUAAGGCUAUGGGUAAAAGCCAUAAGGAGGAUUGUGAAAGUGGCACCAACGUCAAAGAUUAUCGUAGAAAGAUCGACCAUGCCAAUUGAUUCUUUCGAUAUGACAACCACAUUAUUAGCCCGAAGACCUCCGCCUCCUUAUGGCCAACCUGCUGUGCAAUUUGCCGUUAUGUCCAAUCCGGACUUUUACUCUCCGGGCUCUAGACUUCAAGACCUGAGGAACCCAGAUAGAGUUGUUAUUGGGUUAAAAUCAAAUGUAGGGGACGUUCUUCCAUUGCAACAGUUGUACAUGGUUUUUAAUUCAAAACCCAGAAGCAAUCCGCGUAGUCCCAGUGCCUAA